AUGCCCCGGUUAAAGUAUGCCUCCGUGCUUCGCUUUCUCGUCAUCUUGGGGCUGUUCUGCUUGUCGGUGCAGAUCAUGCUGUCGGCGUCGAAUGGGAUUAUUGACAGAGAUGGUGAGGAGCUGAUGAAUUCCAAUGACACGUCUGAACAAGUUCUGGCCCUGGUGCCACCUGAACUCCACAAGUACCUGACGGUCCACUCCAAGAACGCUACUGCGAACGCGACUGAACGCGCUAGUCCAAAGAACGUGUCAGACAUACGGAGGGCCAUCCAGAGGCACAAUGACGCUCAAAUCAUCUACAAUGAGGACAUCUUCGGUCCAGUCCAGAAUGACACUAUCAUCAUCGCUAUACAGGUUCACACUAGACUUACGUACCUGCGUCACCUAAUCGUGUCCCUUGCCCAAGCGAGGGACAUUGACAGGACUCUGCUGGUCUUCUCCCACGACUACUACGAUGAGGAGAUUAAUGCGCUGGUGCGGAGUAUAGACUUCACGAAGGUGAUGCAAAUCUUCUAUCCAUACUCCAUCCAGACUCAUCCCUACGAGUUCCCCGGAGUUGACCCGAACGAUUGCCCCAGGGACGCGCGGCUUGAACAGGCAAAGAAGUUAAAAUGCAACAACGCUCUCCAUCCAGACCUUCACGGUCAUUACCGCGAGGCGAAGUACACACAGACCAAGCACCACUGGUGGUGGAAGGCCAACAGGAUCUUCAACCAACUGCAGUGCACUGCCGGUCAUACAGGAAUGGUGGUAUUCUUAGAGGAAGACCACUACGUAGCCGACGAUUUCAUCCACAUGCUGCAUCUUCUCCGUGCUACAGCUGACAAAAGCUGUCCACAGUGUGAAAUACUUUGCCUUGGGACCUAUUUGAAAACCUAUCAAUACCACACAACAGCAGAUAAGGUAGAAAUAACGCCUUGGCAUUCGAGCAUGCACAACAUGGGAAUGGUCUUCAAUAGGACAGUGUGGAACAACAUAAUGCAGCUACAAGAGCAGUUUUGCGCCUACGAUGACUACAAUUGGGAUUAUUCCUUGUUACAUCUGUCGCAGAACAGACCUGGACGGGAGAAGUUUAGAGUUAUCUUGUGCAAAGGGCCUCGCGUGUUUCACAUCGGUGAAUGUGGAAUCCACCACAAGAAGUCGAACUGCAACGCCUCAACGGUCAUAAGCAAGGUACAGAAGCUCCUCCAAAACGCGAAGUCGCACAUGUUCCCAUCGCGGGUUACCGCCACUAUCACCGCUGGUGGGGCGAAGCACAAUAAGAAGCUUACCAAGGGAAACGGUGGAUGGGGGGAUAUUAGAGAUCAGGAGCUCUGCACAAAUAUGACGAAGGUCGGAAGACAAAUGAGAAGGUACAUAAAUUACGCGUAA